AUGAAGGUCAAGCUGCUCUCAUCGGACGGAGUACUUUUUGAAGUAGACGAGUCAACCGCCUCUAGAUCGGGUGUUAUUCGAACAGUCCUCGUGGAUGUCGGCAACAAGGACCCUAUCCCGUUACUCAACGUCAAAAGCCACGUUUUAACCAAAGUACUUGAGUAUUGCGAACAUCACCGCAAUGAACCUCUUCCUCCUCUCGAUGUCGAAUACAGCAUUUCUCCCUCACUCGAUAUUAUGCGCCGCAAGAACACGCAUAUUAGUGGCUGGGACCAACAAUAUAUGAAAUGCGAACAGGAACUCUUGUUCGAGGUCAUCCAGGCUGCUAGCUACCUGGACAUCCAGUCGCUCUUAGAUCUUGGGUGUAGGACCGUUGCCAAUAUGAUGACAGGGAAAAGCGUGGACGACAUCCGUCAGUUAUUCCACAUCGAGAAUGACUUCACCCCAGAAGAAGAGGUGUGUUGA